AUGGUUCCCUCUGCAAUCGAGAAGAUCACAUCGACUGUGUCGUCCUUUUCUUCUGACAGACUCCGGAUCCUUGUCCCUGAAAAGGUCUCUUCAGAUGGUCUCGCCCUAUUGAAAGACAAAUAUGAUGUUGACAACCGCGCCGGUUUGUCUCCAGAGGAGCUCAUUGAUGCGAUCCCCAACUACCACGCAUUGAUUGUGCGAUCUGAGACAAAAGUGAACGCGAAUGUGCUUGCUGCCGGCAGAAAGCUCCGCGUGGUCGCACGAGCCGGCGUAGGCGUGGACAACAUUGAUGUCGACGCAGCGACAAAUCAUGGUAUCAUUGUCGUCAAUUCGCCUUCCGGUAACAUCGUUGCCGCUGCCGAGCACACCAUUGCCCUCCUCCUCGCCACGGCCCGCAAUGUUGGCCGCGCAGAUACCACAAUGAAGGAUGGAAAGUGGGAGAGAGGCAAACUAGUCGGAGUUGAGGUUGGCAGCAAGACCCUUGGUAUCAUCGGCCUCGGCAAGGUGGGAAUGAAGGUUGCCCGAAUGGCCAUCGGCCUCGGAAUGAAAGUGAAAGCGGUCGAUCCAUACGCCAGCGCUGAGAUUGCUGGUCAGGCCAACGUCGAAUUGGUACCUGACCUCAAGGGUCUUCUGCCCGUUGUAGACUUCUUGAGUAUCCACACCCCGCUGAUGGCGAGCACACUUGACUUGCUCAAAGAGGAGGAGUUCCAGCAAAUGAAGAAGACAGCCAGGGUCCUGAACGUUGCGAGAGGGGGCGUGUAUAACGAAGCUGCACUCCUUCGUGCUUUGGACGAGGGAUGGAUCGCCGGAGCUGGUCUCGACGUCUUCACGGCAGAGCCACCCGUGGCCGAGUCGACAGCCUCUCAGCUGACCCGGCACCCCAAGGUGGUUGCCACCCCGCACCUGGGGGCAUCCACUGUCGAGGCUCAAGAGAAUGUUUCAAUGGAUGUCUGUACACAGGUGGCCGAAAUCCUCCGCGGUGGAUUGCCGACGGCAGCUGUCAAUGCACCAUUGAUUAUGCCGGAGGAAUAUCGCAAGUUGCAACCGUUUGUACGUCUUAUCGAGACGAUGGGCGGGCUAUACACGCAGCACUUUGUUGGUAGUAGAGGUGGUAUGGUUGGUGGCCGAAAGUUCGAGCUCAUCUAUCAGGGCGACCUGGCAGGCAUCUCCAACACACGACCGUUGUAUGCCGCGCUGGUGAAGGGACUCGUCUCAUCCAUCAGCGACUCGGGCGGACGAGACGUGAACAUUGUGAAUGCCAGCCUGACUGCCAAGGAGAAAGGCAUCAUCAUCAGCGAGACGCACAGUGGGGAGGUGAAGAAUGCAGUGUAUGCCAGCUUGGUGACGCUCCGGUCACAUGGUGAGGAUGGCGAGCAGGUCAUCGAGGGGUACGUGUCGGGGCAGAGCAUCUACAUCUCGAAGCUGGACCGAUUCAGCGCAACCUUCCAGCCGCAUGGAACGAUGUUGGUUCUGCACAACUAUGACGAGCCGGGCAAGAUUGGUGGCGUCGGAAUGGUGCUGGGUCGGCACGGUAUCAAUAUCACCUUCAUGCAGGUGGCCAGCUUGGACGGGGAGGAAAGGAAGGCGGAAGGAGGCAACGAGGCGCUGAUGAUAUUGGGUGUCAAGGGGGAGAUAAGCGGUAACGUGGUGGAUGAUUUGCAGCGAGAAGAGGGUAUCUUGAACGUGAGCUUGGUGCGGUUGUGA